CCCUGGGACUUAUUCCUGGGCUGGUGGGCAGAAAGGAACUUGGGCACAAACCUUUUUAACAGAUGCCUUCCAGAUGUGGACGAUGCUGAGCGGUGGGGAUGGCUGGGCAGAGGAGGAAAACUAUGAGGUCCUGCCUGGGGCGCCUUCCCAGACCAGCUUCCCAUCUACCUACAGAUGGUGUCACAAGAAGGAAACGUUGGACCUGGAGGAGGAGGGUCUGUGGCUGGAACUCCUGGAUAGUGGCAAGGCUGAGAUUUGUGUCUCUCACUGGUGGACAGACCGACAAGGCACUGACUGUAUGUAUCAACUAACCGUCCAGCUUCUAGAUGCCAACAGGGCCGUCCUGGACCACUUCGCUCUUGUGUCUUUUCCCAUUCAGCAGCAUAGAAACAGUGUCAUCUUUGAGGUCAGCCAUGUGUUCUCCAACCUCAAGACGGGCGUCCGCUUUGUGUCUCUUGAACACUGGAUCUGGGAUAUGGAGCUCUACUCUGAACAUUGUGGAAUCUAUUUGCCCGACUCCAGUGUGAUCGUGCAGUCCAUGAAGUUGGCAUUGAACCUAGAGAAAUCGGUAGCACCAGUUCCAAGCCAAGACUGUGAAGGCUUCAAAUUCGAGCUGUGA